AGGAAUGGUGGCAAAUGAUUUAAUCCAAGCGUUGGAAAAGCAGAGGCAGGUGGAUCACUGUAAGUUUGAGACUGGUCCACACAGAGAGUUUGAGGACAAGCAGACCUACAUAUUAAUAUUCUGUUUCAGGGAGGCAGGGGCAAGCUUACCAGAAAAGGAGUAGGUUGAAAGUUGUGGAUACCUCAGUGGUUGUAAAACACAUUAACCCCAUUAAAGGCAGGUAAGGAGAUAACAGAUUACAUCUGUGAAAGUUUUUCUAGCUGUCAAACUACAGUUACCUUAGCUGUCAAUGUAAUCAGAAGUCUGGGGAAUAAACAAUACUGGGUAUGGUUGUGCAUGACCAAUCCUAGCACUGGGGAGGCAAAGGCAGGCAGAUCUCUGUGAAUUUGAAGCCAGCCUGGCUGGUCUACAAAGUGAAUUCCAGGACAGUCAGGGCAUAGUGAGACUGUGUGAGUGUGUGUGUGUGUGUGUGUGUGUGUGUGUGUGUGUGUGUGAGAGAGAGAGAGAGAGACAGACAGACAGACAGACAGACAGACAGACAGAGACAGAGCACAGACAGAGUCAGAGAGAGACAGAGAGACAGAAAGACAGAGAGACAGAGAAAGAGAGAUGCAAUUUUCACUGGAACAGUACUAGCUAAAAGGAGAGAGGGGAAAGAGAGGAUCUACCAGAGAGAUUGAGUCAGUUUGCAUGUCCACAGAGGGUGUCCUUAUGCUGAUCCAAAGAAAAGAGGGACACUGCAGGAUGGAUUUAGGCUUCUCAAGCAGCAGGGGGGGAUCAGCCGCUCAGGACCGGAUGGUCCCUAAAAGCUUUUUAUUGUUUCACUAAAGGCACUUUUAGCAAGUCAAUUUCCACAUAUCAAAACCACUUUCUCUGAAGCUGCUGUUGUCAGAAAAGACCAUCACCUAAGCAAUUUUCAGCCAUAAGAGACUUCCUGGUUUGCCAGGCACGUCUCCAGACUAAGUUAUGCAAAGGCUCUGAGUACCCUUCAAACGAACAACCCUAUAAAAUCUCAGAUAACAAUCACUGACAAAAAACUACUUUGAAGCUUAGAUGCCACCACUCCAGAAUUCAGGUCAGAUACAACAGUCCUGCUAAACUUCUGCUACUGGAGGGCACUGACCAAGCACACGCAUGAACACUGACCAGGCCACAGUGCUGGUUUGUACUUUUCUUCCUCUUAGUCUUUGGGAGACACCUCCUCCUCUCCCACCCACAAGAGGGCAGUGUGUGAUGCCCUAAGGGUGAAGACCCUCAAGAUGUUGGAGAUGGUGGGAAUGCAGCACAUGGUGUGGCUGCUGAGAAAAGACACAGAUAAUAAGUGGAGCCAGCACGAGAAAGAGACCACCUGAGCUACAAACAGCAGGCCCUCGGGGCUGCCCAGGAGCCACUGAAGCGCAAUCAAACCACUGCAGCUUGCUGGACCUGAUGCUACAAGAUUUAUUGUUUUUAUAAUGGGGCUCCAGCUUCAGGCUGGUUCACUGCUCAGUGCUUUCUCUUAUUUCUCCCUUUUCCGGUGUUAACAGUCACCACCCAACAACUGGGAGGUAAAGGCAAAAGGGUCUGGUGUUCAAGCUCAAUAGCUAUACAGUGAGCUAGAGGCCUACCUAGGCUACUCCAGACAUUACCAAAAACAAAAGACUGGGCACAGUGGCCAUAGCACAGGUCCUUGGAAGGAAGAGCAGGGUGAUCUUUAAGUAUGAGGGUACUCUGUUUACAUAGAGUUCCAGGAUAUCAUAGUGAAAUCUUGUCUAAAAUAAAUUAUUUUUAGAUUAGAACCACAACUCUCAAGGAUGUGUCAAAAACUUAUGUGUUGCAGGAUAUCACACUGUAAACCCCAAGGUUGUGUUAUUUAUUGGGGUUAAAAAAAAAACUGUUUUUAGUUGUGGUGUGGUUCCGCCAUAGCACACACCUUUAAUCCAAGAGCUUUCUGCUUGAGUAUUGUAAACAGGAUUAAAUAAAGUCAACCAUAGGUCAAGAAGCAGAACAAGAAGCCAGUUGACAGAGACUGAACAUAGACAUAUUAAGAAACACACACAUACACACGCACAUGCACACGCACAUGCACACGCACGUGCGAGAGAGAGAGAGAGAGAGAGAGAGAGAGAGAGAGAGAGAGAGAGAGAAAGGGAACCCAGAGGACAGAUAGACAUUCAGAAAGUAGAAGUGGGGGAGGACAUUCAAUGUGAAGGUUUCUUGGGACAGAGAGAGAGAUUUGCGGUGGAACUUCAGCUGAGAAAGAAGGUCACCUGGGUGCUUUUUCUACCUCUCUGAGCUAGGUUUUCACCCCAGCAUCUGGCUUCCACUACCUCAAGGAAAACAGAAAGGUAGCAAAAGGUAGUUUCAGGAAGAUGCAACAAAUGAAUCUAAAUGAAUCUGAAAUAAAACAAAAGGUUAGGUGUAGGGAUAAAGAGAUAUUUAGCUACCUUCCAGGUGAUGGCUGGGCAGAACUCAUUUGCAACCUGUCAGCUUCUUUUUUUGUUUGUUUGUUUGUUUUGUUUUGUUUUGUUUUCCAAGACAGGAUUUCUCUGUAUAGCCCUGGCUGUCCUGGAACUCACUCUGUAGACCAGGCUGGCCUCGAACUCAGAAAUCCGCCUUCCUCUGCCUCUCAAGUGCUGGGAUUAAAGGUGUGCGCCACCACGCCCGGCUACCUGUCAGCUUCUUGUAAGUCAAUUUCUACCAGAAUAGUGUUACGACUUCAAUCACAGAUUUAAAAAAUGGGGGAGGAGAGGUAAUGUUUAAGUAGUCAGGUGUCGCAAUAUUGUUUGGUAAAUGAUGCUAGGAAACUAGAGGACUGGUCCCCGUCCUCUUUCUGGUGUGUUGUCAUUUUUUGUGUGAGUUUUCUCUGAAAAUGUUUCCCCCACACGCACAUCUAAUUUUUUGUUGCCAUCCCUCAGUCUUUGAAACCUAUCAGUCCGUUUUACCGUAUCUCUAUUAACAUCUUUACUAUAUCUCUAAUUUCUCCCCACUUACCUUUGUACUCUGGGUUGGCCCCUAGAGUUUCGAUGUCUCACUUUCCUAAUCCCAAUCCCUUUCUGCUUCUCUCUUCUUCCUAAAUUUUCUGACAUGACUCAGGUUCUAACUCUGAUUCUAAUGACUAACCCUCCCCCCUUUUCAUUCAUACCUAUGUGUGUUCACUUAUAUUCAGUCUCUCCUAGCAUCCAGUCUCCCCCUCACAAUUUUCCCACCCCUCUCAUCCUCUCCCCCGACUCUGUAUGGGGCUAUCUCUGCCUUCCUGUAUAGACAUCUCGUUGGGUAUUUGUGUCCCUGUCCCUUCCCCUUGGCUUCGCCACAGAUCCUGACCUUUCUUAAACCAAGUAGUGCGGUCGUUACCUAGGAUACCACCAGGUUUGGUCCCUUAGUUACCAUGGAGUCCCGCUCACUCCUACCCACCGCGCAGAAAUACAAAAGAGAUCCGGUGGUGCUGCGUUUGCGCACCCACACAGCACCCUCCAAACUACGACUCCCAGAAAGCAUUUUGCUAAGCCUUUCUUUCAGUGGUUCCGCAGGUAGCCCAGCGGACGCUCUUUUUCGAACCCGUCGUUGCCAUGGAGACGGGGAGACGGCGUCCUAGUGAGAGCGGUGAUUGGUGCAGAACCCUGCAAAUCCCUGGAAGGCCGGUAGAGAACUGACAUUUAAAAAAAAAAAAAAAAAAAAAAAGUGGUGGGGGCAUGCGCAGUCUGGAAGGUGGUGCUUGAAUCCGUUGCCCCCCGAGAGGAUUGUGCACGUCGUCGGGGCCCUGACGCCUGAAUUCGUGGCCGGGAGUGUGGGAAGAGACGUCCAGGAGUGCGAGCUGAUUAUUGCAACCAGCGCAAUCCCCUAGGGACGGGAAGAAGGGUAGAAACGGAGGCUGGGGUGGGGGAAGGGCAGAAGGGCUUGGAGCUGCGCGCAAAGCAGUCUGGGAUAUGUAGUUUGAUAUGGAGCAAGCGAACGAGAGUGCGCAUGUUCACGAGGGCACAGCCUCCCUCGGAGCAUUGAAGGAAGGCUGGGAGUCCCUUCACCUCAAGGCCUAGGGAGGAGUCUGGGUAGAGUGGACUCUGGGAUUCCAGCUGUCUAGCUAGACCCGGAGCGCCGGUAGGGGGUCCAGGAACUCCCAGCAAACCGGCCCUGUGCUGACGCGCUACCGCGCUGAUCGCCACAGGUGCCACGGCGACCGGACACAUUGGCACCCUAAAGCGAGGAUGCUCACUUAGACUUCUGGGAAAUGUAUUUCCGGAACCUCUUCUUGCUUUAUGGCUGUUCCAAGUUUCUCUCAGGGUUUCGAGUUGACUUAGCACCCUAAAGAGCAGAGGUGUAACCCACAGAAAUCAAGCUGCCUCUAAGCUGAUGCCACUGCAAUAGUAAAUUUAGAUUUUCACAAAGUCCCAGUUGCAGAAAGUAUCAUGGGAGAAGUCAGUCCUUUUUACAAGUGAGGAAACUAUAGCUGACAUAGGCACAGCAAAAGUAGUACCCUUGCAGACUGUUGGUCUAAUGAGUUGAGAGCCUUUAAGGGUACCCAGAAGUCCCAGUCACCUCCCAACCAACUAAACUAGAGAGCUGAAGACUUGUAUCGCUGUUGGAUGUGAUGAGUUGGCUUCUGGUAUUGGAGAUAUAUGGAAACCUGUUGGCCUGAGAGAAGCUGAGAUGGGGGAUUGGGUGGAGUAGGGCUGUCCCCUUGAUACCACAUUGGGAAAGGAAUGUUGGGGCCUGAGAGAGAGGCCAAGUCCAAGACUGGGUAGAAAACAUUAAGGGACUUGUUUGUUCCACCGCAAAAGGCUGUCCACAGGGACUCUUAUUGGGAGUCCAGGAGGAGGCAGCAGUGGUACUGAUGUCUGGGUGCAAGUAGAGAUGCAGCUAUAGAAAAGAAUAGGAUGUAGGGAAGAGAAAUGUUUCUAAGCUUAAGCAACAGCCUGUAUUUAGAACAGAGUAAGCUACCAGACACUAUAUAGGCCCGGCGGAAAUGAGGUCUACAAAGCACAUGGCUCAUAUAGAGUUCCCACGGAUCUCUGGGGUGUGGCUGGCCUGUCAGUGCCUGUUCCCUCGGGUGUCCUCUUCAUGGCGAAGGUCUCGGAUGAAAGGACACAGCAUGGCACUCAGUCAGCAUUCGCUGCCCCUGGCUGUCCUUAUUACACAUGCCUUGUACUAUUCCUUCCCUAGGGACAGACACUGGCCUCAAAGACCGGAUCUGGUACUCCUGAUGAGACCCACUGUGCUGGGCUCCUCGGGCUGUGCACCCCCAGAAAAUGAGCCUGCUCUGGUGAAGCUGGAGGACUCUGACAGCGACGAUGAGAGAGAAGAUAUAUUGUGGGACCCAGGCCUUGAGGCUGCACGUCUACGCUUCCGGUGCUUCCGGUAUGAGGAUGCAAUAGGUCCUCAGGAAGCCCUGGCCCAGCUCCGAGAACUGUGUCACCAGUGGCUACGCCCAGAAGUACAUUCCAAGGAACAGGUGCUAGAGCUCUUGGUGCUGGAGCAGUUCCUGGGUGCACUGCCCCCUGAGAUCCAGGCCCAAGUGCAAGGGCAGUGGCCAGGCAGCCCUGAAGAGGCUGCUGCCUUGGUUGACAGACUUCGAUGGGAGCUUGAUGGACCUCGGAAAUGGGUCACAGUCCAGGUGCAGGGCAAGGAGGUCCUAUCAGAGAAGAUGGAACCCUCCAGCUUCCAGCCAAGACCUCACAUCAAGCUUCAGACUCCAGACCCUGGGGCUGAGACUCCCCAAGGAGCCAUGCAGGAAUUGCCACUGAACCUACCAAUGAAAGAGGAGACAGAGUUGUUGGGGAAUCCAGAGCUCCUGGAAUCUGGGCCUCUUCCUGCUGCUCAAGAGGCUGCAGCCACUCUCCUACCUAAGGAGACCCAGGGCCAUGGGACAACACUGGACCAGACCUCUCCUCAUAGCGACACUGAGCCUGAUGUGCCCCCAUGGAGUGAGGACCCUAUGCCCCUGUGGCAUGAGGAAGUAGGGGGCAUCUUUUCACCAGGGUUUACGCUGCAGAUGGACAGCAUCACGGCAGAGCCAGAUAUGAUGAGCCCCCACCUCCAUGUCCCCUGGGAUCUGGACAUGGCUAGCCUCUCUGGACAGAUACAGUCCCCUACCACGGAAGGUGGCUUUGCCCAUGCCCUUGUACUCCCCAGCGACCCAGGAGGUGAACAGGACCCUGCCUGCGAGGAUCCCUGCCCCAGUGUGGGCCCAGCAUUGGUGGCGACUCGAUGGCAUGCCCCAAGGGGCCGGAGCCAGAGCCACCCUCGCUCGGGGACUGGAGCCAUGCGAGGCGGCCGCUGCGACGUGUGUGGCAAGGUGUUCAGCCAGCGAAGCAAUCUGCUGCGGCACCAGAAGAUCCACACAGGCGAGAGACCGUUCGUGUGUGGCGAGUGUGGCCGCAGCUUCAGCCGCAGCUCUCACCUACUGCGCCACCAGCUCACGCAUACUGAGGAACGGCCUUUCGUGUGCCGCGACUGUGGCCAGGGCUUCGUGCGCAGCGCCCGCCUGGAGGAGCACCGGCGUGUACACACGGGCGAGCAGCCGUUCCGCUGCACAGAGUGUGGCCAGAGCUUUCGGCAGCGCUCCAACCUACUGCAGCACCAGCGCAUCCACGGCGAUCCGCCUGGUCCAGCGCCAUCCAUCCUGCCCCUCGCCGGAGUCCCGGAGCCCCCGGGCCCCUUCCCAUGCAGCGAGUGCUGCGAGAGCUUCCCACGACGCGCCGUGCUGCUAGAGCACCAGGCGGUGCACACCGGGGACAAGUCCUUCGGAUGCGUGGAGUGCGGCGAGCGCUUCGGCCGCCGUUCGGUGCUGUUGCAGCACCGGCGCGUGCACAGCGGCGAACGGCCCUUCGCCUGUGCCGAGUGCGGCCAAAGCUUCCGGCAGCGCUCUAAUCUCACCCAGCACCAGCGCAUCCACACUGGAGAGCGGCCCUUCGCCUGCGCCGAAUGUGGCAAGACCUUCCGCCAGCGGCCCACGCUCACGCAGCACCUGCGUGUGCAUACGGGUGAGAAGCCCUUCGCGUGCCCCGAGUGCGGCCAGCGCUUCAGCCAGCGACUCAAGCUCACGCGCCACCAAAGGACCCAUACUGGCGAGAAGCCCUACUGCUGCGGUGAGUGCGGCCUCGGCUUCACGCAGGUGUCUCGGCUCACCGAGCACCAGCGCAUCCACACAGGUGAGCGGCCCUUCGCCUGUCCCGAAUGUGGCCAGAGUUUCCGGCAGCACGCCAACCUCACCCAGCACCGGCGCAUCCAUACGGGCGAGCGACCCUACGCGUGUCCCGAAUGUGGCAAGGCCUUUCGCCAGCGGCCCACGCUCACGCAGCACCUGCGCACUCACCGGCACGAAAAGCCCUUCGCCUGCCAGGACUGUGGCCGACGCUUCAACCAGAGCACCAAGCUCAUCCAGCACCAGCGUGUCCACAGCACUGAGUAGUUGUACAGCACUGAGCUGUGAAAACACUUCACAAGGUUGUUGUGAGGCAGGCAUCUCCCAACAGGCCCCAGUAAAGCCUGGGCUUCAGGAGGUGCUCAAUAAACACAUGAUGUCUCCCCAA